AUGUUAUUGAUAUCAACAGCGGCGACACUUAACACAGCUACUACUGAACAGUCUCUUUGCCAGAAAGGCCACGCCCAAACACAGGGAAAGUCAAAGGUCCUUCCACCACGAACACUGCCGGGAGAUAUAAAUCACGCGGGGGCGAAAAUAGGUCAGGAGUUUUAUAUCAAUGUAAUCUCUAAUAUUGUUUCGAGUUAGAAUUGAAUUUUUUUUUACAAAAGCUUCUUCCUUUGCAACAAAUGGUAAUAUAAUGUGGCUUACGGCAUGUGACGAGUUAUGUAAUUUGACCUUGCUUAUUCCAGACGUUCAGUUAGUAAAGAAAUAGUAAACGGCGCGAUAUUACGUAGCAGCAGAGCGAAAACGCGAGGGAGGCCCUCCCUCACUUUCACAUUUACACUACCCACUCCCCCAAGGCAGCAAAAUUGUCACUCCGAUUAUUUUCUCGAUCAGUUACGACCUUUUCCGCCUCCCUUCGGCCAAAGUCCCUCAGCACUACCAAUAACAGAAGGACUUUUGUUAGAUGCUUAAUGUAAAAGUUGAGCCGGAACAAUGGACGAUUUGUUGAUACAGGUUUGGGUCAGGUCGCGAUUGGACUCAGACCUCCCUCGUCUUUUCACUUCCCCCGCUACUAUGGUUAACUUUGACCUAAUCACAGGGUGCAAUAUGCAGAAAGCAAGACGAGUGAAGGCUGGCAGACUUGCAAAACUCCACCUAAGGACUGCAUGAAUUCAUUUUAAUAAUUACAUCUUUUCGUUUCUUUUAUUUAUUAUUUCUAUAUUAGGAGAUGUGUGUACGGGAGUUCCUGAUGGAGACUACGCCGACAUACAUAACCCGUAUGGUUAUAUCACCUGCCAAGGAGGUCAGACAAUACGCAAAAACUGUCCACCAGGGAAGAUGUGGGACACAGAGACGAAAAGCUGCGUUAUGCAACUGAAGUGAUCGUUUGCUAAUUAACAUAAUUUUGUUUUUUCAUGAAUAAAGUCAAUGAUCUGAUCGUUUGCAGCCUGUUUGUCUCCAGGUCCGAAAAACCCAAAACAAAACCGUUCCACAAACAUUUCCUAAAAACCCAUACGUUCAGUUUAUUAAGAAACUAUGUGAAACUAUAAAUGUGCUGAAGUAUUGGGUACACAUAAAAAUAACCCUCUCAUCGCAUGAAAUUACGUAACUGUGAGGUUUGAUCCUCUUGGGGACGCAGAAUUUUUCACUUUCUCCCAGGCUCAUAACCAGAAGAGUAAACAUAAUUCAAAUCUUGAAAUCCAAAUUGUGUUGAAAUCCUAGAGCCUCGCUUUUUUUUUCCAAAUAGGUCCAAACUCACCUGCCACGGAAGAAGACCGCGUAAAAUCGUCUUUAUGCAACAUCGUCCUCUUUUUGUGUUCCUUUAGCAAAAAAAAAAAUGAUUAUACCACCAAAUGAUUAUUUAAGAUGAAGCGAGUAUAAAAUACCAACUCUAUUUUACAAUGUCAUCUUUGAAAGCCACACCACGCCCUUUAAAUACAACACCAGUUGUUUAGUGGCCUAAUGAUACAAUGAAAAUCAUGAUCACGAUUUAGUACUUUUAUCUCUCAUUUUCCAUUUGCCCUCUUUUAGAAGCUUUCAGUUGAUGCGCUAACAUUGCAUCUUUAAAAUAUUUUUAUAGCUAAGUAUAAUUGAUCCUUUUCGAAAAUAUCUGUUUUCAUUAAAUUUUCAAAGCAUGACCUCAGUUAAUGUUGCCCACGUCAGUCACUUUUAGUUUCAUUAGGAUGCAUUACAAAGGAGUACGCUAAAAUAAUCAGUUUUCAUCGAGAAAUAUCCAAGAACAGAAAAGAACCUCAGCUUUGCCAAGCUGAAGAAGGUAAGGUAAGUUAGCCUGAAAUAUCUUUUUCUUUUAAAUGACUGGUAAUUCAAUUUAUGGUAGCAUUAUAUCCUCGAAUUGACAUUUUAGGAUCACUAGCAUAGUGAAAAUCAGUCUUAAUUGUUUCGUUCCCUUCGAGUCAGAUUCUCGUGAGUUCUUGGCCUUUGCGAACAAUGUCUUAUGCCUGAGGCAAACUCGGGGCUUGUACACGAUAGGGUCUUUCACUUCUAAAAGGAUAAAGAGCCCAUAAGUUAAAAAUUACUACGAACGAACCCAACUCAGCGUAAUUAACAAAAAUGAAAUGAAAAUUUUACUGAUUUCACAACCAGUCAAUGCCGAAACACAAGAGUUUAUAUUCUCUUGCUACACAUUAUAGACUCGAAAUUCUUGUCGAGGCUAUACGCGUUGAUCUCUUUUCUUGUUUCAAAGCUGUCUCGAUGCAAAUCAAAGAUGCGCAGGUCAUAUUGCUCGUCCUGUUGGACUGGUUUGUUCAAAACAACGGUGGGUACAUCUACAUGUCAAGUGAAGAUCAGUGAAGGCUUAGAUAUUUUUGAUUUGACAACUGACGUAACACUAGACGCUGAUAGCAUAGACUGACUGAUUUUUGACAAUUAGUGAAGUCCAGAUUGAUAGAUUCGGGGUUCUUAAGCUGGUUAGGUCUUUGUACUAUGUCUUGUAGCAGAGCAAAAUAUUUAUCACUCCCUCCCCCCUGUCCUCUCCAGCCAUAUGUGCAUCAGUAAAAUGAGGCGUUCAUCUGAAAUGCUAGGGAUUGAAAAGCAACGAGGUGACAAAUUUUCUGGAAGGGGGUAACAAUACUGGGACGUUGCUUUAUGUUGAAACAGGAUCAUGGUGUGACUGUCACGUGAGUCAUUCUCGUAUGCCGGCUGAGAUUUUACAAACGUAUGUCUACUUUUAUCUCAAGUAAAAACACCUCGAGGGCAGAUAGAUCAAACUAGGAUUAAGUUGAGGAAGGUUGAGCAGAUAAACAUACUUGGCAACGAACAGAUUUACUAUUAAAUUGUGGAGGAGUUCCCAACGAAAAGUUUAAUUACCGCCUGAUCUGUUACCAGCCAGAAAGGAACUACUCAAAUAAUCCGCAAGUUUUUCUACUUUCUCUGCUGGGAAAUCUACUCUGAAAAAGUGACUUCAAAAUUUUCUUUUGUAAAAUAUUCAGUAUCAGAGCAAAGAACUGUUAAGAAAGCCUUUCUUUCGAUCUCCAGGAGUAACACAAUAUAUUGACCUUCCUACAAAUAAACAAAUGAAGUGCUCUCUCCGUUUGCAGAUCAAAAUGCAAUAAAUUAAUGUCAUUUCAUUUUCGACAGUUGGUAAGCAUCUUCUUGUGGCGUACUGGGGACAAAACAGCUCAGGAAACGACUUUCCACAUAAUCCUGAGAAAGAACUGAAAGAUGUCUGCGCCAAACGGAAGUACGACAUUAUUGUGAUUGGAUUUGUGGUGACUUUCUUUGGAAAAAAUAACAAAGGUACGUGAAAAAUCAUGAACGACAAAAAGGGAAAAACUAAUAUACUCGUGCGGUCACCUUGUGUUAGCGUCACGAGGACAAUCUGUGGUAACUUGCGUGACAUACGCGUACAUAAUAAGCUACUGAUUUAGAUUUAAAACUUUUCAACACAGAUGAGAUGCUGGAGGUGAAUUUUUCUGGUCACUGUUGGGAACCUGCAUCACCGCAACUCCCAAACCUUUAUAGGUGUCCCAACAUCGAAGAGGGCAUCAAAGCUUGUCAGCAGAUGGGGAAGAAAGUUUUAAUAUCGCUUGGAGGAGCAACAGGCAAAAAUGACCUGACAGAUGAGAAAGCAAAAGUGCUGGCUAAAAAUCUCUGGGAUCUGUUCCUUGGAGGAAAGGAAAGAUCCGACAUCAGGCCAUUUGGAAGGUGAAAUAACAUUACUUCGAAAAGGGUAUUAUGAUCUAUUGUUAGCCAUAAACGAUGGGGGGGGGGGGAAGUUUGGUGGGAGGAUUCUGGUUGUGUAACUGAAAAACUCACCAGGGCCCCCCGGCUCUGUAAUAUUCUUAUGCCUCUCUUUGCCCCUCCCUCCCUCCCCACCUCUUAUUGGCUGUUAAUUGGCAGUCGAUUUUUUUUAGUCCUCCUCUUUAAACUCUGCUGCGACGACUGUUUCCCCUUCCGUCCCCUGUUCCUCUAAAAAGAACUCUCCACUUCCCUUCCCCCCUCCCCAACUCCAGGCGAUGAAAAUAAAUGGUUGUCCCUAAUUUCAGUAAUGUUUCUUCCAAAGUGCAAUUCUCGACGGUAUCGACCUGGACAUCGAGGACGCCAAGUCAGAAGGCUAUGCUCAGCUGGUAAAAAGUCUUCGAGAUCUGGAGGACGGCUCGAAAAAGUAUCUGAUUACUGGUGCUCCUCAGUGUGUAUAUCCUGAUGCAUCUCUCGGCCCCUCCGAGGGUACUGCCCUGACUGACCAGGGAGCCCAGUUUGAUCACGCCUACGUGCAGUUCUAUAACAACUUCUGCCACACUGGCGACCAAGCACAAUUCUAUCCAACUAUGGACAAGUGGCUUCAGUUUGCAUUCGACGCUACCCGAGGAAUGAUACUGAAGAGAACUGCGGAGGUUUUCGGGCCCAAGAUAUUCGUGGGGAUGCCGUCUCACCCAGGGGGUUCAGGAGAUCCCAAGUAUUACCGGACCCCUCAGGAGGUGGCCGCGAUCUAUGAGGUGAUUUGUUCUGAGCUUUAACCAAACAAAAAUCACGCAGGGAAGAAAGGAUCCUGACAUAUUCUUUGAAACUUCGCUUCAAAGUUUUACUUCGCACACAAAGUUUUUUCCUUGAUCCACAGAAACAAAAAUGUCAAACUCCAAUCCAGUCUUACUGAGGGCCUCACUUGUUCAUUGUCCGAUUUCUUGUCAUCAAAUUCUACAAAGGAAAAUCCUUUUUUCCAUUCAUUUUUAAAUUUUUUUUCUACACAGAAACUAAAGGAUAAGCCAAACUUUGGAGGAUUCAUGCUAUGGGAUGCUUCUUGGGAUCAGCAAAAUGUUAUUCAAGGAAAAGUCUAUAGCGACCACAUUGCGGACAUUAUCAGCGAGAGCGGCAACUCAGGGAAACCGACAGGAGUCCCAACCACAGCUACACCUGGGUACACCCCAACAUUGGAUGGAUCGAUUACCCCUGGGGGAACUUUACCUCCGACAACUCCUGGUGGGUCUCCACCUCCGACAGCCGGAGGUUCUACGCCUUCUACCUUACCCGUUGUUCCUACGUCUCCACCAUCCCCAGGGGGAGGUGAUGGUCUUGGUAUGUGGGAUUUUUUUUUUGUGCCAGUUGUUUGUAUGUGUUAUGAAAAGCAGAUCAGAAAAAAUGUUGUGAGAAAUUUAGAACACAUAAUUCCAAAGGGAUGGAAUGCAAUCGAGAGAUGCUGAGAACGACUUGGUUUUAUCUGUGACAAAAUUUACAAUGCAGUGUGCAAUUAGUGUUUAAAAGGUUGUCUGAGCAAUUCGUUAUUGAACCAUCUAUCACGGAGUCGAUAUCGAGAGAGGCAACCGACCAGCUUGCAACAUUUGAGAUAGAUCGCUCGUAGACUUGAAUCAAAAGAUUUUAGUCUCGGUAGAAGCUGUCAUGCUGUUGAUUUUCAGCCAUAUAAUCAACGAAAUUUAGGUAAGGGAAUAUAAGGAGACAGAGUGCAUUUUGAAAGCUAACGUCUCUACAAGGCUGAAAACCUCAGCUUUAUGUCGGAGGAAAGAGUGCACAUACUACAUUGCAAGGCUCGAAACUUCAGCUCUAAAAAUUCCCGAUCGUGGUUCAUUAUUGGUUAAACAACUUGUAGUUGAUCAUAAACUCCCUUUUUACAAAAAAUAUUGUGAAACGCAUAUUGUCAAGAGAUUUUUAGAAAGUCUUGCGAUGCAUUCUGAAACAAAUCUAUUAUUUUCCCACAUUUUAUUAUUUUUAAGAUUUUUGCAAAGGAAAAGAAGAUGGGGACUACAGAGAUCCGGAUAAUCCCUCGGGAUACAUAUCCUGUUCCGGUGGAGUGACCCACAAGAGAAAGUGUCCCCAAGGGCUCGUUUGGAAUGAAGAGGGAAAGUACUGUGAUUGGCCAAAGAAGCUUAAAUCGAACACAAGGGGGAACCAACGUCCUUUCUAUUUCAAAGGCUCUGAAGCACUCAGCAAACGUGAUUCAAGUCUUGAAGAAGCGAACGAACGAAGGAAGAGUCGGACGCGGAAGGAAAUUGAACGAAUGGAAGAACACAAGAAAUACUGAAUGAAUCAGUCACGGAAAGAACUGAUAACAAUUGAAAGGACUCAAAGUAUCUCCUCCUGAAAUAAAUCAUGUUUACUCGAUUCAAUUAAAUUUUAAUCUAUCCAAAGUAAAAAAUCGCAUCAAAGUAAGAACGUCUUAUGGAUCCCUUUAUUGAUUAACGCCUCUCUUCCAAUUUGCUUCGCGAAAACAAACCUUUAUCGCCCUUUGCACUGUCAAAUAUUGCAAUAACAUUGUAAUUAGUAACGGAAGCUGUCAGUUAAUUAGUUCUCUUGCGACGUAAAGUUGUUUUCGCGGACCUAGUUCACAUAGAUGGGGCGUUAUGAAAAACUGAUACGAUUUCAUGUUCUACUUCAUUGAGUAAAGGCAAUGGAAAAGAGGUUGCUUCUCUCAGUUAAGCUCUACGAGGAAAAUAAUAAGCUUAACGCUGAACGCGUUUGUGCAUUUUUUCUUAAGACAACAAAAACG